CUAAGAGAUUUUCGUAUGGCUCAAAUCAUGAUCUUUGCCAUUGAGGAGAUUAACAGAAGUGACAAUUUGCUCCCAAAUGUUUCAAUUGGUUAUAGAAUCUAUGAUACCUGUGGAUCAAGACUCUCUUCUAUGAGUGCAACCAUGGCGUUGAUGAAUGGUUAUAAAAUUGCAGCAGGGGACACAUGCAAUAGACAAUCUCCUAUACAUGCUAUCAUUGGAGAAACAGAGUCUUCAGCCACAGUGAUUCUGUCCAGAACUACAGGACCUUUUAAAAUUCCAGUGAUAAGUCCCUCAGCCACAUGUGAAUGUCUCAGUAAUAGGAAACAGUACCCAUCAUUUUUCAGGACAAUUGCUAGUGAUUACCAUCAAAGCAGAGCACUUGCACAAAUAGUCAAGCACUUUGGCUGGUCUUGGGUGGGAGCUGUAAACAGUGACAAUGACUAUGGAAACAAUGGAAUGACCAUAUUUUUAAAAACAGCCCAGGAGGAGGGGAUUUGUGUGGAGUACUCUGUGAAAUUUUAUCGAACAGAGAUGGAAAAACUCCAAAAAGUUGUAGACACAAUAAAAAAAGGCACUUCAAAAGUAAUUGUUGCAUUUCUUUCCCAUGUUGAGAUGGGCAAUCUGCUUGAUAUACUAAUUAAUGAGAACAUUAACGACCUCCAAAUGAUUGGUGUGGAGGCUUGGAUAACUGCAAAAAGUUUGAUGACUCAAAACAGUUUUCAUGUUCUGGGAGGGUCACUGGGGUUUGCAGUCAGGAAAAUCAAUAUUGAAGGUUUUGCAGAUUAUGUUAUUAAAGAAUUCUGGAAUACAGCCUAUCCAUGCUCACAAAUUGAGGGAAAUUAUUCUCAAUAUGGAUUAAAUUGUAAUGGAUUUCAGGAAUUGUUUGCCCUGAAAAAUUACAAUGAAGAUGUGUCUGAACAAAGGUAUUCAAGCAAUGUCUACAAAGCAGUUUAUGCUGUAGCUCAUUCACUACAUAGUCUACUCAACUGUAAAGCACAAGGAGAUUGUGAAAACGGUUUGACAGUGGUUGAGGCUCUUAAAAAGGUAGAUUUCACUAUAAAGAUGGGAGAUCGUGUGUGGUUUGACAACACUGGUGCAAUUGUAGCCCAAUAUGAAGUUGUGAACUGGCAGCAGGAUUCAGAUGGAUCAAUACAUUUUAAAACAGUGGGAUACUAUGAUGCUUCACUACCUCCUAACCAGCGCUUUUUGCUCAACACUGAAAACAUUAUUUGGGCUGGGGGACAGCUGGAGAAGCCAAGGUCUGUGUGCAGUGAGAGCUGUCCUCCAGGUACUAGGAAGGCUACACAGAAAGGAAGACCUGUCUGCUGUUAUGACUGUAUUCCAUGUGCAGAUGGAGAAUUCAGUAAUGAGACAGAUUCAAUUAACUGCAAGCAGUGUUCAGGGGAAUACUGGUCUAAUGAUGAGAAAAAUAAUUGCAUUUUUAAGGCUGUAGAGUUCCUGUCAUUUACAGAAGUUAUGGGUAUAGUGCUAGUCAUUUUCUCACUGUUUGGAGCAGGAUUAACUGUGCUGGUGGCCAUACUGUUUUACAGCAAGAAGGGCACCCCGAUAGUAAAAGCCAACAACUCAGAGCUGAGCUUCCUGCUGCUCUUCUCAUUGACUCUGUGUUUCCUCUGUUCACUUACUUUCAUUGGUCAGCCCACUGAGUGGUCCUGUAUGUUGCGUCACACAGCUUUUGGGAUCACUUUUGUCCUCUGUAUCUCCUGUGUUCUGGGCAAAACAAUAGUAGUCUUAAUGGCCUUCAAGGCUACACUUCCGGGAAAUAAUGUCAUGAAAUGGUUCGGGCCUUCUCAACAGAGGCUCAGUGUUCUUUUCUUUACAGUUAUACAAAUUCUUAUCUGUGUGCUUUGGCUAACAUUAUCUCCUCCUUUACCUUACAAAAAUAUAAAGUAUUAUAAGGAAAAGAUCAUUCUUGAGUGUAGUCUGGGUUCUACUAUAGGAUUCUGGGCCAUUCUGGGUUAUAUUGGCCUACUGGCUAUCUUGUGCUUCAUUCUGGCUUUCCUGGCCCGCACACUGCCCGAUAACUUCAAUGAAGCCAAAUUCAUCACAUUCAGUAUGCUCAUAUUCUGCGCUGUAUGGAUCACAUUUAUACCUUCUUAUGUUAGUUCCCCGGGAAAAUUUACUGUAGCUGUGGAGAUAUUUGCCAUUUUAGCCUCAAGUUUUGGUUUAUUAAUCUGCAUAUUUGCUCCUAAAUGUUAUAUCAUCCUGUUUAAGCCUGAACAAAAUACAAAGCAGCAUAUGAUGAGGAAAAUUCCAUCCACGUCGUAA